AUGAGAGAUGUUGAAGAAGUCAGGUCGAAAAUCACUCAAGAUGCAUCGAAGAACGGCCAAAUAUCUUCAGUAACAGUAACACGGAAUAGAUGGGUCAUUGAACCUACUCGAUCAAAGUCAUCCAUAGCAGCUGAUCUUGCACUAAACAUUGCCCGUUUGAGAACCAUACAAUACAACUUUUUGCUGGAAGCCGGUUGGGGAAUGAGACGCUCGCUUCUAUCAACUGUCGCGCACUUGAGCCCUGUGGAGUUGAGCUUUAGACUUUCAACAAAAAAGUCAAAUCUGGAAUCAAGAUCAACACCAUACAUUGAACCGUUUGUCAUCUUACAUGGGCUGCUUGGAAGCAGUAGAAAUUGGGGUUCGCUAAGCUCAAAGUUAGCAGAGACUUAUCAAACUCCUGUCUACGCGGUUGACUUGAGGAAUCAUGGGGAAUCACCUCAUUCUCCGAUACAUGAUCUGAAUGCAAUGUCGGCUGACAUCAGGCACUUUACUGAAUCUCACUCGUUACCGAGAGUUUCAGUCAUUGGUCACAGUAUGGGUGCCAAGACAGCAAUGUUAUUUGCCCUUCAACAUCCCAAACUUGUAGCUCGACUAGUAAUAGUAGAUGCUUCACCGUUACGUCAAGAACCCAAGAGUGAAAUUGACUGGAUUGAACGCUACAUGGUGGGGUUGGAGAAAGUUAUGGAGGCUAAGGUUACUUCGAAUCAAGCUGCUGAGGCUAUAAUGCUGCCAUUUGCUCCUAAUGUAGCGAUUAGGAAAUUCCUAUUGACCAACUUGAAACGAGAAUCGGAUCCAUUUCCCUCAUUACACCUGAGGCCGAACUUGCCCGUCCUGAAACAGUAUCUAACAAAGGCAAUCUCGGAGUUCCCAGUAGCAAUAGGUGAUGCAGAAUAUACAGGACCUACUUUGCUAAUAGUCGGUACAAAGUCAAAGUUUGUUAAUCCAGCAACAUAUCCCACGAUUCGGAAGUAUUUCCCAAACUUGACUGUGAGAGAGAUUGAUGCUGGACAUUGGGUGCAAGCAGAAAAGCCAAAUGAAUUCCUACAGGCCGUUGACGAUUGGAUUUCUCCGAAAUAG